CAGAGUGAUUCUAACCUAUAAAAACAAAAAACAUUGAAAAUUUUGAAAUAUUUGUUUUCGUGUGUUUGUUUCACAUAAUUAUCUUUGGAAGCGGUAACGUUUGCUAUUUCAAAAAUUGAGAGCAACAUUAUACAAAUAUCUCGAAUGAAAAUUGCAUAAUAGCAGUAACAUGGAUCAGAUCAGAGGAAAAAUAGAUCAAGCCUGUAGAGUAGCUGAAGAAUUCACUAAGCUUUACUAUGAAACUGUUGAUAAGAGGAGACAUUUGAUAUCCAGACUCUAUUUGGAUACUGGACUUCUGGCUUGGAAUGGUAAUGGAAUCACUGGUAAUGAAAAUAUACUCAAAUUCAUGAUUGACCUUCCAACCACAGACCAUGUUAUCAAUACCCUAGAUGCUCAACCAAUCCUUGAUUCUGCAGUAAAUGGCCAGCUAACUUUCAUGAUUCAAGUUAGUGGAACAGUCAGAUAUCAAGAUAAGACUCCCAAAACCUUCCAACAGAAUUUCAUUGUGACAGCACAAGGAGAUAAGUGGAAGAUAGUUAGUGAUUGUUUUCGAUUACAAGAACCAUUGAAUUCUCCUAGUAAAUAAGUAAAGCAACAUCAUGGGUUGGGGAUAACAGGAAUACAUAUUCAUUCAAUUCUCUUAGAGAAAAUCAACCUGGAAGAUAAACUUCAAAAUGAUAAUGGUAACAACUAUUUUUUUGUUUCUGUAAAUUUGUAAACAGUUCAAUUUUGGCUGCACUUCAAAAUUGUUUAUGAAUUCAAAUUCUAUAUCAUGAACUAUGGAUACAGACACAUCAAUCAAUAUCCAGUCAAUAAAAGUACCAAUAAAUUGAUUUUUGGACUAUGCAAAAAAUAAUGACUAUGGCUCUUCAAUUUUGAAACACUUUGAAAUCCAGUCAUAGGGCAAUAAUCUGUAAGUACACACUCAAAAACAUCAACAAGACCUGCUGUCACAAACAAAAAGCAGCAGAGUGUCUCUUACAAAUUUGGUUCUUCUGGUGGCAAAUUAUUGGCAUCAAGAUCAGGGAUACCCCCCACAGCCCCUUCUUCAUUUUCAACUCCCAUGGGGCCAUCAGAUGGCAUAACCGGUUGGGCCAUAGAAGAAGAGAUAGGAUUGCCUCUAGAAUCCAAUUCCAGGGCAGGGUCUGCAGUAGCUUCUGCUAGGUUUGUCACACUUUUGGACUUCACACAUUGAAAGUCCACAUGACGACUUUUUGCUUCUUCUUUUUCCCAUGACAUAUGGAUGAAGGGCCGCUGGACAUAAUUGUAAAUCACUUCUGCUCUACCACCUGGUCUUUUCUUCACUUUUUCUUUGUAAGUUGGAUAUCCUGUGAUGUAAAUUACAACUCAGCAAGACAUUGAUGAGACAUUGUCCUUUACAUGAGAUUAUUUUAAAAUUAAGGUUGGUAGAAUUGAUGACAAAAUGAUAAGCAAAACAAAAAAAAAGUGAACCAAUAAAAACUAAAUAAACAGGCUGUUUUGACAGCUUUCAAGAGCUAGUUCUAGAGGUCACUGACUUACUGAAAAUAACACAUAAGGCCGAAAAGAAAAUGGUUCAAGAAACAAUUUGAGAAAAUAUUCAUCUUCUGCAUUAUUGAGUGACAUUACCUUCUAUUCCCAGUCUGAUUUUC